UCUGUGAUUCUGUGAUUAUUAUAAUAAUUGGUUGAUUAUUAUUUUAAAUUUAAACAGGUAUUUGGGUGGAGUGUUCCUGGUUCCAGCUUGUCGUAGUCAAGUGCUUUUUGUAGAAGUGUGUUGGCAUUGGAGGCACAGUGACACGUCCUUGCCACCAGCCACCCUGCAGCUAAUGCCAUCUGCAUUCUGAACUGUGGAUGGGCUUGCUCAAUGAUAAAUCAUUUGGCAUCAGAGGACCCUGGUGGUUCAUUGUUAUUUGAUCCCUUUGGCAAUAGUGAUCAUCUGGCUUUUCCUAGCAGUGACUGUUUGAUAGCGGAACCUUUCCAAGUAAAACCAUUCACUCCUUCCUCCUUGAGUUCUGAGAAGAAUAAAACAGAUUUAAUUUGUGUUCUGCAGAGUUCAGAGCAUCCCUGGAGGGUUUCUGCAGGUGCAGGCCUUUCCCUUCCCAGUUUUAAGAGGGAUCUCUCUGUUACACAGCACUGGCUGUACUUUAUAUUCUGUCACUCCAAGCUUUUUGUGUCAUCAGUUCCCCGUACCUUGAGUGAACCAUUUUGAAUAAUCUCUCCAGCUUCUCUCUUGCUUUUCUGUGUUCAGAGCUGAGUAUGCCUUAAGAGAUGCUGCUGAUUUCUUACAGCGUUUCUGACCUUCUCUUGAGUUUGUCAUUCGUUUUAGUCUCUUAAGGUCCUUAGAAAACUUUUCCUCGCUGCUUUGAUUUCUGAGAUCCAAUCUUUGUGUUGUUUUAGCAGCCUUUUUUUCCUUAUUUCUUCUGUGGCUGUUAGGACUCAGUAACUUGGGCACUUGUUUCUUAAGGUGCCAUGUGUCACAGUGCUGAGCCAUAAGCCUUGCUAGUGACACUCUCCACCCAUCUUCUAUUCUAUCCACGAGUUUUCUGGCGCACACACACGUGUGAUUUAAUGCCUCUGAGUCAGAGCCUUGUGCAACAGUCUCCUGCAUAUCAGGUGAGAUGAUAUCAGGUGGAAUUAGUUCUUGAACAGUGAAUGUUAUGCAGAAUGUAAGAGGUCACCCAGAUGUUACCAAAGGACAUAAGACAAUCGCUGUGCUGUCCUGGACAUACCACGAGAUUGCACUCAAGAUGAUUGCUCCACUGUUUGCAGCGGGUUUGCACAUGCAGUGGGUCUUCUUCCAUGGCUGACAGCAGAGGUGGGCAGUGUGAGCCUUCCUUUGGGGCAGGGAGCAGUGGGGCACUGAUAGCACCGGGCGAGGGCGUUCUGUGUGCUGGGGAAGCUCUCAGCCUCACCGAGGCACGCGGGUCUCUCCGUUUUCUCUCCAUUCUCUCCCCUGGUGUUUCCCCCCUGCAGAUGCCCGCAGCUGCUCGGCCAGGCAGGGAGACACGCUUUGCUUCCAUUAACUUCAUUGCAUCGCAGGAUGACAGCAGAUCACAGACCAAGCCAGGCGUCAUUCAGCCUCUUUCUCGAGCGCGACAAAAUGCUGCCUCGCAUAACCCGGACGAGGGGGACAGCCCCAAUCCCUUCCAGCAGCCCGAGCCGUGCUCCGCUGUCCACAGCUCUCCAAAGCCACCAUCACCACCCUCUCCUGAUGAGAUUCCCAUCAACGUCAAGCAAGCAUACAAGACUUUUGCAGCAGUGCCCUUGUCACACCCUCUGCUCGAGACACAGGUAACUGCUGCUGGUUGGGGGCAACGUCACCCAAACAGUGGAACACAGAGAAGAAGGAGCACCGCAAGUGAGGGUAGGAAGGAGACAGCAACUAGUUUAUCGCAGACAGACCUGCUUUCAACAUCUUCAUCAGUGACCUUGAUGAGGGGAUAAUGGCCACCCUCAGCAAGUUUGCUGAUGAUA